UCUAAAGCCCAAUAUGUUAACAUAGUAAUAAUGGAAUUGAUCAUUUAAACGGUCCAUAAACAAUAAGAUAUCAUUUGGUUGCUAUAAUAAAGGUUAGUUGUAAUAUUUAGUUGUAUUUAAUAGGCAGGACUAAAAAUGAAUAAAUGCAAUAACCUUGAAUAAGUAAAUUUUUUAAAAAUCUUCUCUCUUAAUAGUAGUAUAGAUACAAAAUACCAGAUUGCGUUGAUAUAUUUCUUUAUAUUUCAUUUAAUUUUUAAAUUAUUUAUAUAGACAACCUUAAUUUUUGCAAAUCAAAAUUUUUAUUAAUAAAUUUAAAACAAUAAAUAAUAAAUCAAAUCAUAAAAUAUUAAUAAACUGGCACAUGUCAAGAUUUUAAUUAUUAGAAUUUGCAAUGUGUUGUAAUCUAGUUAAUUAACAUUAGUCCACAUUAACAAAUUCUUAUGAGGUAUUUGACUUCAUCAAUAUGAUAUAAGAUAGUGUUUUGUUUUCCAAACUUGAUUACCUCAUAAUUUAUAAAUCUCAUUUUCGUAAUCUCUCAGUUUUCAUGUUUCCAUAUUUGUAAGUCCCAGUCAAACAAUUUGUGUUCAAACAUAUGUGUAAUGCAGUUAUGGCCAAGGCAGCUUCUUUGUUUGUUUUCCCCAUCAUGUUCUUUGUGAUGUUAUCUUUAGUUGAAUAUAAUAUGGGAUGCAUGGCGGUUAUUGGUUCGUGUCGUUAUAUUCCUGAUUGUGGUGCGUCAUGCAGGGUUAGAUUUGGAAUAAAGGCACUUGGCUAUUGUGACCGCGAUGGUGCUUAUGGAACAUGUAUAUGCACUUAUCCUUGUCUGAGUGAUAAGAUUAAUAUAUGAUUUAUGUUCUAAUUUUGAAAAAUUCUUCAAUAUGUAUAAUUAAGUAGAAAGCAAAAUUCAAAACUAUGUAAUAUCGUAGAUGCUAUGCUAUGAUGUGACGAUGUUUUGUAAUGUUUUUAAAGCAAUAUUCAAUAAACCUUUGGUAUUAAUAAAAAAUACUAUAGAACAAAGGGUAGUUAUAUAUAUUGUUGGAUGUUGGUCGUAGAAGUUAUAAAUAAAUUGAAUUCUUUCGUAUUAAAGCUGGAUCUUAUCUUACAAAAUGAUAUCGAAACAACUAUAAAGCUUAAAGUCAAAACUCAAGUUUCUUAUAAUUUUGCCUUCAACAAGACAGAUGUUCGUUUGUUUCUAGUUUUAUGGAGUCUGAAACACCGGGUAAUCUUAUAUGUUUAUAAAUUGUCAUGUUUAGUUGCUCCUUUCUCUUUCAUUUUUAUCUAUUCCUCAUCAAGGAGAGUAAUUGAAUGACAUAACUAUUCAAAAAACACGAAUUUUUUUCUUUUGAAGAGGGUUAAAAUAUUUGAUUAUUUGUUGAGACAAUUAUAUGUAUGCUAUUGGAACAUUUAGCUGGUCUAUGACUAUAUAUACGCUGCAAUUGGAUUAUCAAUAUUUAAAAUAGAAUAAUGUGGAAUGACCUAUUCUAUCCAUUCCAAAAACAAUUUGUACUAAAUCUAUUAUAUUUUUCUCUGUAUCCCGUUCAUGUUUUCAUUCAAUUUAUUUACACCAAAACAAUCUAAUGUAUAUACUAAAUGGUUUGAACAAAGAAAAACAAUUUAUAAAAUGGAUCCGGCUUAUAUAGUCCAAGUUUUAAUUAGGCUUUUUGAUUUGGGGCUCGAUUAGGUUUUAAUUAGGCUUUUUGAUUUGGGCUUCGAUUGAAAGCCCAUCUUUCUUUUGGUUAAUUUAUGCAUGGUUGAAUAAUCUGUGAAAUAAAAGUAGUGGUCGGAUUUGGAAACUAUCACUCUUGUAUCUCAGCUGGAUGCUUGACGAUGCUUCAGGAGUAUGUAAUUGUUUUACAGUUUUAUUACUAGAUUAGAUCCGCACAACGUGCGGAUGUAUAGUAAUAACACAUUAUGUUUGAACAAAGUGUAAAUGUGUGAUAUAUUAGUGUCUGUAAAUCGUAGAAUCAAUAAAACUUUUCGAAGAGAGUAUAGACAAUGUCUUUGUUAGAGCCAGAGGUGAUGGAGACAGAGUAAUUAACAUUUUGUUAAUUUCCGAAAAAAACUAAUUAAAUUACUUACUUAUUGUGUUUCAAAUUUCUUGUCAACAUGUGUAUGCCAAUAACACACACGGAUCAAACCUGAGAUCAUGUUUUAGUCAAGAACACAAAUGUUUUUUAAAAUGUUAUGUAAGUUAAGCGCUAUGAAGUUUUAUUUGGUGGUUGUAAAUCUCGAGAUUAAGUAUUAGAUAUAUUUUUAAGAGAAAAUUCAACAGAAAUCGUACUGCGUGGAAAACGAACGUGAAGGAGAUGACAAUGACAGAUAUAAUAUUUGAUGAUGGAAGAGGGACACAUGCAUUGAUGUUUCUUCACGUAAAGAAAGGCCUUCGAGUUGGCAUUUCCUUGCCUCACGAAUCUUUGUCUACCUCGUGCUUCUUUUUAAUUCUCUUGUCCUUUUAUUUGUAUAUUACUGAAAUUAUUUGUUUCUUUAUAAGAAAUGGUAUUUCAAACUGCCACAACACUCGCUACUCUGUCUCUUCUCCUGUUUGACUUUUGUCACACUUGUCUCUAUCGUCUUAACUCAACCAUGGUUUACAAUGUUUAUUGCAAAGCCCAAGCUAGCCUAAGUAUCUGCUGCUUGUAAUUUAUAAUUAUUAUUAUUUUUAACCUGAUGCUUCUCGAUAUUAUUUUGUCCUUAAUUAACAAAUAUACUAUGAUCACCAGUUAAUGGAUUUGUUUGAUUAAUUAAAUGAUUAAUCCAACUCAAGACCCCCCAUGUAUCUCUCUUUUGGUUGUUUGUUUUCUCUUAUAAUCUUUUGUUGGGAUUGUGAAAUGUGAACGUGAUGUUUGGUUCAAGAGUCAACUUCAGACGAAGGGUUGGCACUUGGCACUAUCAUUUCUGAAUAAUGUAAACCCCUCAUUUUUCAUUUUAUUCAGAUUGGUAAUUAAUGAUCAUGUGAUUUUUAUAUAUACAAUGUUCAUACCUUUUAAAUCCAUAAGAUUUGAGUUUUGGUUCCAUUUAUAUAAAUUCUAGUAACAACGACAUGAUACUGAAUUUUGAAAAUUUCAGUUUCGUGUAUAAACCCUAUCGACUAUCCGAUAAGCUCUUGAAGCAACGUAUUUACUGCUACAGAGUAUACUACUCCAAAACGUAUCACACUGUCUCGAAUUUAAAAUACCUUACGACUAUUGUCUAAGAUGAAUCGAUCGUUUGUUACGAUCUGCUAUGUAAACCAUUUAAGCUAAAACUCAAGCCCAUACUAACUAAGUAGUGGUAAUAUAUACACGUAGUGACGUACAGUCCAUUCUCAGUUAACACUCUAAAUCAUGUUCAUGUUUCAUGCCUAUCGUCAGACCACACAGAGUUUACAGAGAAUGAAAGUUUUGGUUAAUUAGAUCUUUAAGAUCACUCGUACCAUCAACCAUGUUAACGCCAGUUAAGAGAUUGUACUUGUAAUACAUAAGUGUGCAAAAGAAAAAUAAAUAAUUUAACUUGAAGGAAAAUAGGACAUUAAUUUUCAAAAGUGUUAGAACUUUUACAUUAAACAAGAAAAGAAAAAAGUGAGCUAGAACUACGUACAUUGACUUUGACAGCCGUGAUUAUAAUAUAUAGUACUUUUGAUUACUGGAAAUACAUUUAAUUAGAAGAGGCCGAAGAUGAUAAGAAGUUUUCGUUUUGUAUACAUUAGCAUCUCAAAAAAAUAAAUAAAUAAAGUUUCAGUUUAUAAAUGAAAACAGGGAGAUCCAACUAAACUUUGUUGUUGAGACUAUGUGUUUUGUCAAACAUAGGAUCCGACCAUUGUUUGUUGUGCAUGUGCCUAGAGACAUGUCCCUCGCAUCACCCUAACUACUUGUCUUCCAAAUUUAAUACUUUUCAUAUAUACUGCACCUUUCUAUAACUUAUUGAACCCAAGAAACGAUAGUGAAAAAACGAAAAUCACACAAUUUUAUACAAUGAAGAACACAUGAACCUGUA